AUGUCUGCGACCACAACCCUCCGCCGCGCCACAAGAGCAGACCUGCCGCGCAUGACGCGCAUGCUGGUAGACGCAUUUGCCCCAGGCCCAUGGGGCCGGCUCCUCUUCCCCGAGCACCUGAGGCGCAACCCCGGCGACCAGGACGAGGUCGCGUGGCGCCAGUACACCAUAGCGGCAGGGCUCGACUCCCCAGCCCGGGAGACCAUCGUAGCCUGCCAGGGGGACGAGACCGUCGGCUGGGCCCAGUGGAUCGACCUGGCCGCCCCAAAGGGCAGCGGCCUAAACCCCCAAGAGAUGAAGGCCAAGAUGGACCGGGACCUGGGGCCGAACCCGGCCGGGCUGGACUCGGCGGCGCUCGAUAUGCUGCGGACCGAGGGCCAGGAGCUCGAGAAGAAGUUUGAGGAGUUUCUGGGGGCGGAGCGGGCGGCGGCGUCGUUACAGCUGAACUACCUGGUCAUAGACCCCAAGCACCAGCGGCAGGGGAUCGGUAGGCUCCUGGCCAAGGAAGGCCUCGAUCGGGCGGCGAGCCAGGGGAAGGACGUGUGCCUGCGGGCGACUCCCGAGGGACGACCGCUAUACCUGGCGUUGGGAUUCGAGGAAAUCUACGAGCAAAAGGUUGUUGGCGAGAGCCAGUACGCGAUGGUCAUGAUAGCGCCUGAUCUUGCCAAGGCUAUUGGAUAG